AUGGCUAUGCCUACCGAUAUCCUCUGUGUUCCUCGGAGGCUGAUGAGCCUUGCCAACGAAUUUGUUGUCAUUCGAGACAGUGACACUGGCAGGAAGCAGCCGACUCUGGCCUUGACAACUAGCAGAGCUGAAGAAAGAUUGAUGAAAAGACCAAACACUUAA